CACCGCCCGCCUCCAUUUCCGAGGCGGCGGCGGGCGAGACUUGAACCCUUAUAUUUCUGGGACAAGAAAAACUUGAUACUGGGAGAAACACUAUGAGAUUUCUCUGUGUUUCACUUUCUUUAACCGUGAUUUGCUGGCUAGCUGAAGGCACCUUGUCGAAAACAGACGCGAAGAAACCUGCUACAAAAAAACUGGAAGAAAAGACACUGCAUUCUGAUAAGAAUGUGCAGGACCGGGGACUCGUAGUUACAGAUCCAAAGGCAAAGGACAUCAUAUUGGAACACAGAAGCUACUGCUCUAAGAAGACGAAAGAAAGACACUUCUCAGGAGAUGUUCUGGGAUAUAUUACUCCUUGGAACAGCCACGGCUAUGACAUUGCUAAAAUAUUUGGAAAUAAAUUUACAUUAAUCUCACCAGUCUGGUUACAAGUGAGAAGGAGAGGGAAGGAGAGGUUCCAGUUCACCGGGCUCCACGAUGUAGAUAAAGGCUGGAUGAAAGAUGUCAGAAAAAAUUCCAAAAACAUCAAAAUAGUGCCUAGAAUUUUGUUUGAUGGCUGGACUUACCAGGACUUUGAGAGUGUUUUUGGCAGUGAAGAUGAGAUAGAAGAGCUUUCACAGAGUAUGGUUCUACUAGCCAAGAAUGAAAAUUUUGAUGGCUUUGUAGUUGAAGUUUGGAGUCAGCUAGGAAAUCAAAAGCAAAAGGAGUUGAUACACUUGCUCAUUCACUUUUCUGAAGCUCUGCAUGAAGCACAACUAAAACUUAUACUAGUCAUACCUCCGGCAGUUGCAGCAGGGACUAACCAGCCAGGAAUGUUCACAAAGAAAGAAUUUGAUCAGUUGGCCUCAGCAGUAGACAGCUUCAGUCUCAUGACAUAUGACUACUCAACACCACAAAGACCUGGUCCAAAUUCUCCACUGCCCUGGGUACGAGCCUGUAUUCAAGUAUUGGAUCCUGAUUCAAAAUGGAGAAAUAAAAUACUUCUAGGGCUGAAUUUCUAUGGCAUGGACUAUUCUGCUUUGGGAGCCUUGGGGGAGCCAAUCCUCGGUACUAGGUACAUUGAAACCUUGAAGGAGCACAAACCAAAGAUUGUCUGGGAUGAACAAAUUGCUGAACACUACUUUGAAUACAAAAAAAAUAAAGGAGGAAAACACGCCAUCUUCUAUCCAACACUGAAGUCCAUCCAGUUGCGCUUAGAGCUUGCAAAAGAAUUGGGCACUGGUAUAUCCAUCUGGGAACUGGGACAAGGCCUGGAUUAUUUUUAUGACCUGCUUUAAAGUAAGAGAUGAUGUGGGAAAGACUUUUGCUUCACUGAGACUCCACCUUCAAUUAAUUUGAGUAUCCCGGAGAGGUGAUUUUGAAAACAUUUUUUGUAAUUUAUUUCAUAUCUGUAUUAAACUUGCAUUUUUCCCAAUAAAGAACUUCUUGUUUUGCCACAUAGAUAUGAUUGUUGGUUUCUGAUAAAGUUCAGAGGAAAAAACUUGAAAGCUUCUGAAUUAACAGCUUAGAAAGAGACCGACCUGUACAGCUGGGAUGACACUAGAAGUGAAAAUAUUUUUUUUCUGCGAGAAAUGAAAUGGACAAACUGAUACCAUCUGAUCAGGGUUUAAGGUAGAUGUCUCUCAAACAAUUGCUGCUAAUCAUUUAAGUGAACAAAUAAAUUAAUCAGAUUAUGUCUGGCAAAUUUAACAUCUGCUGGACUCUGCAACCUGCUGUCUCUUAAUAAGGUAAGUCAACAUAAAAUGAAGAGGGUGGGUGUGAGGGGAGCAAUUAGAUACCUUACCCUAGGGCUGGUAAAGGAUUGAAUACUGACUGUUAGCUCUGUUUGUUUUCUUCAUUUUAUUACAUUGCUUAUGUAGUUCAAAAUCACAGUAAUUCUGAUUCAUGACAUGACUUGUUUCUAAAUCAUUUUUGUAAGCAGGAGAUGAUGCUCUGUGAUUUCUCUCUUCCACUUAGUCUGCUUAGUGUCUUAUUUUACAGUACUUAGCACCAGUGCAUGAUGCAUUAGUGAUUAGUUUGUGGGAACUGUAGUGUUUAGCACAAAAGGCUACAAUGGAAAUGAGAAGUAUUCGUGUAAUGAUGGAUUGUGCUGAUAACCCCAAGAGAACAUCAUAGCGGCACUGACAAUGCCUUUAUUUAAGUAGGUGCUAUGAAUAUAGUGACUAUCUUUCUGAAUAAAGCUUUUAUUAUUUAACUGCACCCAUUGGUGCUUUUGCCUCCAUGAAACAGAUUUUUUUUUUAUUAAAUAGCUCAGAAGCUAUUAAUUAGCUUAAAAACAGCCCUGUCCCCCCAAAUAUUGUCCCUGCUUUUUAGUUUAUAAGUUUUCUGUUUGUAGAAGUACACAGGCUUCAAGGUAGUUUGUUGUAAGGAAGUAAGGGGAGGUGGUGGAAAUUUGAUGAGGGUGUUGCUGGUCCCCAGCAGAGAUCCAGGCAAUAGCUCUGUACUCCCACUGGUGUUCUUCUUGCCACUUCCAGUUGUCACAAAGAUAACUGCACUCCUUCUCUUUGCAUCCACUCUUCCCAGUAAUUAAUCUCAGUGGGGGAUUUAUCUGCCCCUGCUUGUUUCAGCGGAAUAAAUCCCACUGUAAUCCACCAUUGAUUAAAGAACUAUUGAUCUUCACCUCACUGAUUUAGUUCUGGCAUCUCUCGACUUCUCACAUUGCAGUAUCCAGCAGGGUUUACUAAUCAGGCUUCUUUCUUCCAUACCAUUAGUACUGAGAUAAUUUGCUACGUGAAUCCUCAUGUUCAAUUAACUUGAGCUUUCUGGUUCGUUCAAAAGCAAUUUAAAAGUCACUUUUGGCAAUGGUAUCUGCGCAAGAGUUUAGUUCCAUUAUGCUGUUUUUCUACUUUCAGUGGCAUUAGUGAACCAGAACGUCUCAGAAAAAAGAUGAUCAGUUACAAAUAGAAGAGUUUGGGAUCUAAAAUGGCAUGCAUUGUCAGCUACUAGCUGGUAGGUAGUGGUUUUAAAAGUGAAAGUUUUGGGGAAGAAGAAAAUAUUUCAUUUUAAUCGAUUGUUUCCUCUCUAGAAAGGAUAAAUGUAAUUUGUCACGCUUCUUUCUUCAUUUUUGUUCAAUCUCGUGAUGAUUCUCUCUGAAGUUCAACUGUUCUGUUUGUCUUUGAGUACAGCUGUGCUAGGGAUAACUGUCUUUAGCAUCCUCAGAGAUGGAAUGAAUACAUAUGUGUGGCAGAAAGAGCAAACUAACCCUGCUAAAUCAUGAAAAAUAAAUUCCAGAGGAGAAGUACAUUGUGAGUUUGAGCAGUUCAUGGCAUGAGGCUAAGGAUUUUGCCUUUUUGUCUCUAAAGGUAAAACAUUUAUUGCUUUAAAAAUAACAGUUAAAAAGAAACAGAGUAAGCACAGUUCUUUAGCAUGAAGUUCUCAGAAAAUAAAAUACCAGGCAGGCAUUUGAACUCCCAAAUGAAGACUUGCUACUAAUGGAUUUAUCUUGUGAUCGCUUAAUUUCUCAAUGUGUGGCAGUGUCAACUUGUGUUUUGUUAGAUAUCACAGAAUGCAAAAAAGCUGUGUACCACCAGUGACCCAUGAUGAAGGCAAGUUUCUCUUGAAAUUUAUACCUCACUGCUUGGAUGAAAAGAUGACACAAGAGUACACAAGCUGGUACAAAGCUGCUGAAAGCAAAGCAAAGGGCCACUUGGGAGUUGCUUUCGUGGGGCACAAAGGUUAUCACAUUUGAUCCAUCCAUCAUAUGGAAUUCAUAUAAGGAUAUUGCUUGAGUGAUGCACUUCACCUUCCUUGAAGGAUGGGGGAAAGAAGUCGAAGUCAGAAGAUUUUGACAUUCACUAGUUUACACCACCGUGUAAAGCCUGUGUGUCACAAUUGCCUCUGCUUCUCAUCCUGCUCCAAAAGGCCCUUUCCUAAGCUCUGUGAACCUAAAGCAUCAGGGAGGGGAGCUGAUGGAAUUGCUGUCACAGUACUGGAAGAGGACAGGCAAGCAGCUGGAAUGGAACAACAGCAGGAUCAAAGAGAAAAGUGUUGGAAACUCAGAGCUGUCAGCAGAAGCAAACAGUGAGUACAAACUAAGAAUCACGGGAAAAACUCACACAUGGUACAUCUAGGCUACAGCUGUUUGUCUGCAG